AUGCCGAUUGCCAACAAUGUUUUUUUCAGAAGCAGCCACAGCGUCAGUCGUUUUGGUGAUACGCUUGAAAUAGAUCUACAAGCCGGAGUGGUAUACGGAAGCAAUGCGUUUGUAUCAAUUAUUGUACCUCCGCAUCCUGACAACAAUGCAAAAUGUGACAGCCAAGCUGUUGUUAAGAUAGAUUUCUCCGGUCCCUACAAAGCGGCAAGGUUCGUGCUGGACUAUGCUGAGCCACCCAGACUAUGGACCGUCGAUAUAUCCGACUCUCCAAGUGGCGACGGAUUCGGAGGCGACGAUAAAUUCACCGGAAACAUGGCGGAAACGCAGAUAUUUAACAGACAACUUCGUGUGUAUAGCAAUAAUCUACCGGGCUAUAUGGGAGCUACCAUCAAUGGCGGUCUACUAAUGAAAAUUGUAGAUGACGUGGUGGAUGAAGGAACUCGACUUAUUCUGGAAGUUAGCAACGAAAGAAUCGAAUGGAACAACCAAAGUACCGAGAAAGAUUUCCUUGUCAGUAAAUUUUUAUACACCUUGAAAGGACAACAACCUCUGUACGGCCGAGUUGAUUACGAUGUUUAUGCGGGGUUUAAUAGAGUGCCAGCUGGUACAUAUCGGACUGGAACUGGACUGUGCAAAGUGACAAUAAUACUUAUACGCAACACCGAUGUGGAUGAAUGCGAAUUGGGUGUUCACAAUUGCCAUACCCAUGCUGUCUGCCAGAAUACACCCAACUCCUUCAGAUGUUCUUGCCUGAAUGGUUACCGUGGCAACGGAGUAGUCUGUUCAGACAUGGAUGAGUGCGAAGUGAAUAAUGGUGGCUGUGUACACACAUGUACAAAUACAGAUGGUAGUUUUCAGUGUGAAUGUAAACUAGGUUUCCAAUUACAUCCCAAUCAAAGAAAUUGUAUAGACAAAAAUGAAUGUGAAACAGGAGAACAUGGAUGUCAGUAUGACUGUAUAAAUGCCAUCGGCAGUUAUAUAUGCCAGUGCCCCGAUAAAUAUUUUCUAAAUGAAGACGGACAAACAUGUUCAUUGGACCCUGGAUGUCGAAAUCCAAAUGUUGGAUGUGCCCAUUUUUGCGUUGAUGUUUCUGGUGGUGAGUCAGUAUGUGGCUGCAGAUUUGGAUUUAAAAUAUCUAGCAAUAGAAAAGACUGUAUAUCUACAUGUGCCCAUGGUAAUGGUGGUUGUCAGCACAUCUGUACAGAUUCACCAAUUGGACCAAUUUGUAGUUGUUUAGGCAAAUAUAACUUGCAUAUUGAUGGUAACACUUGUAUAGGUAAAGAGACGUGUGGCAUCAAUAAUGGGGGGUGUGAUCGUGUAUGCGUCGAUACAAAUACUGGCGUCAAAUGUAGCUGUCCACAGGGAUAUAAAUUACAGUCUGAUGCGAGGACAUGCAAAGAUAUCGACGAAUGUGCAAUAGAAAAUGGCGGAUGUCAAGUUGAUUGUAAAAAUACUUUUGGUGGAUAUGAGUGUCGAUGCCAGAGUGGAUAUAAAUUAUUACCAAAUGGAAUGACAUGUGAAGACAUUGACGAAUGUUCGAUUAAUGGUACGUGCGAUCACACAUGCAUCAACGCCCCAGGAAGCUUCCAGUGCCUAUGUGACAAAGGCUACCAAGAAUACGGAAUAACGCAUUGUGGGGAUCGUGAUGAAUGUUCUAUAGCGAACGGUGGGUGUCAGCAUACUUGUACAAAUUAUCCUGGUAGUUAUAAAUGUGAAUGUAACUCUGAUUAUACUUUACAUCCAAAUGGAAAAGAUUGUUUAGAUAAAUGCGAUGUAAACUGCGUGAAAAAAAGAACCAAUCGAAAUCUAAAACGAACUAUUAAAACAUUACGAAGGUCUAUCAAUAAGGAGAAUUUCUUUGUGAGAUUCUCCGGGGGUGAAUAUGAAGUAACGAGAAGAUCUUUGAUAACACCAGAUUUUCAAACGCUAUGCAAAUUGGGACAGAUACUCGUCGAAUCAACAUGUGUUGCUUGCAGCGUUGGUACCUUUUAUGACAUUGAUGAAGGACAAUGCAUACCGUGUCCUGCUGGGUCGUAUCAAGACAAAGAGGGUCAACUAUUGUGUAACAAAUGUCCAAAGCAAGGGAGUGGAGUAAUAGGUGCGCGUAAUCUCACAGAAUGUGGCGGUCAGUGCAACCCAGGUGAACAUUCGAUUAAUGGGUUUAAACCCUGUCAGCCAUGUACUAAGGGAUCAUUUCAACCUGAAUGGGGCAGGACAUCGUGCUUUCGGUGUGGAGAUGGGUUAACAACGAAAGGCACGGCAAGUGCUAGCUUUUCUGAAUGCACGGUGAAAGAACGAUGUAUGCCGGGUUACUUUUAUAAUAUAGGCAAACAUAUUUGUGAACUUUGUCCAAUUGGAACUUAUCAACCGGACUUCACUCAAUAUUUCUGUAUUCGAUGCCCGGGAGGUACGACAACAGACGAACCGGGAGCGUCGGAACCAACGUCAUGCAAAGGUAAACGAUGUGGCGGCGAAAUAAACGAAUACUCUGGUUUCAUAGAAAGUCCCAAUUAUCCUGGCGAUUACCCAACUAACGUGGAGUGUACGUGGAAUAUUUCUCCCCCCAAGGGAAGAAGGAUUCUUGUUGUCAUACCCGAGAUCUUUCUGGCCAACGACGCCACGGACAUGUGUGGAGACCAGCUUGUUAUGAGAAAAUCUUCUAGUCCAUAUUCCAUGAUAACGUACGAGUCCUGUGUAACACAUACCUCGCCAAUUGCCUUCACUACCAGAUCUAGGAAGUUAUGGGUGCGAUUCAAAUCCAAUGCUAAUAUCAGUGCGAAAGGAUUCCAGAUCCCGUAUGUUACGUACGAUGAAAACUACCAAGAUUUAAUAUAUAAUAUUGUACGAGACGGUCGACUUUAUGAAUCGGAUCAUCACCUAGAAAUUUUGAAGGACAAGAAGCUAGUCGCUGCUCUGUUUGACGUCAUCGCGUUCCCUCAACACUAUUUUAGCUAUACCCAAGAGGAAUCGAGGUCGAUGUUUCCCAAGUCAUUCUUACGAUUACUACGUUCGAAAGUUUCCCGGUUCUUCAGGCUAUGAUCUACUUGAUCUUCGCAUUAGUGGAUGCGGUAAUGCAACGUGAUUUUAGUACGUUGCUGUAAACUGACGAUCUGUGUGAUACAAUUAAGCGUAUAUGUGGAUUUUUAUGUUCGAGCGACCGAAUUACCUGUUCCGACGCAUUUAGUGAAAACAAUAUUUUCCCCUUAUAGUCUUACUGGAUAAUAAAUAAACACACUCUUCGAACAUAUCAUAAUCAGUUACGAUUAGCUAUGUACAGCGUUUAUUUGGUGAUGUAACAGUUCCUGGUCAUUUUGGUGUAAUGUACUGCUGAUUUGCUGAUCGUAUUUUAUCACACAGUUCCUAACCAAUUGUAAAAGUAUGGACACUCCACUGUAGUUAAGUCAUUGUUGCAGUAAUGUUAAACUGUCAUUGCGUUAGUCUAUUUUGUAUAUUUGGAGAUCCUGUAACGUAUUUUAGGCAGAGGUGCAAAUUAGCGUAUGUGAAUCGCCACCGCGAGACUGAAACAAAGACCGGAAUUGGCUUUGUUUCUAGAAAUGUACAUACGACACCGGGUAUAAACCUUUCUAUUGUUUACUGUAUUGUAUUAUAAUUACAAUGGCUCAAAAUACAAUAUGUAAGUUUUAGCGUAGCUGAAUAAAAAAAUAUACAAAAUAAUUUAUAUAUAGAUUUAUGAGACGACAAAAAGCGAGCGGGUCGACCACAUUUAUGUGUUUUGCUAAUAAGCCAGUUUGCAUAUUAGAACCAUUGAUUCCAUGUCGCUGCCGGAUGUUGACUUUUUCAUAGGACCAAAUAAAGUGAUCGGACCAAUCAAUUUGCUCGGCACAAUAGGUGUUUCAAACGAAUCAGCCACCCAAGCAAACGAAAAAACCCGAGUCCAAUCGAAAGCCCUGACUUCGGUUAUCAUUAUUUUAUACUGCUGAUUUUGCAAAUGUCGG